CUUCGGAGAGGCGGAUGAGUCCAAACCAGGUCGGGAUCGAACCGUUCACUUUGGUUUUGGGCCUGGGGACCCUUCAAACAGGCCCCUGUGAUUCGCGACAAGGGUCUACGUAAGCGCAGCUCCGUGAAACCGAGUGCGCAGAAACGCCGACAUAAGGCGUUGCUGCGCACUCCUUGAUCUUUUACGCCUCAUUAUUUUUUUAUAUUACUGUUUAUUACUCCUCCCGUCUUGAGAUCCUGGCAAAUUUGUUUCCUCCCAAUCACUCUACGGGUGCGCACUCAUUAACUGCUUGGCAAUCAUCUGAACCUUGCUGUGUCGUCAUUGCUUUUAUUGCGGCAAACAUCCCCAGCAAGCCGGCGGUCUUGACUUGGCAACCCCCGAUCUACACAUCCUGUCCAUUAUAUUAUUACAAUACCACAGACUGAACUCUGUGUGGGAAUUGACAAUGAAGACAGCCUUUCUUUCUGGCCUCGCGGCCACCGGAUACCUCUUCUCGAGCGCAACGGCAGCAGUCCAUGUACCCAUCGUGAAGAGUCCCCAAGUCCAAGCAGAUCAGCUCCAGACCGCACAACUCCGGAGGCGCGGCACUGUUACCGAGUCAUUAGGGAAUUCACAGCAGUUUGGCCUGUACUAUGCGAAUGUCACCGCUGGGACGCCUGCGCAAGAUCUGUCAUUACAAAUAGACACAGGGAGCAGCGAUGUCUGGCUGCCCAGUUCGACCGCACGGCUGUGUAGGUCGAGGCAAGGAUGCGAGGGAGGAUCAUUUGAUUCGACCGCGUCGUCAACAUUUAAGGUUGUUGGACAAGACGAGUUUAAUAUUUCGUAUGUCGACGGGACUGGGUCUAUGGGAAGCUACUUCACCGACUCAUUCGGCAUUGGGGGGAAGACAAUUAAAAACUUUGAGCUGGGCCUUGGAGAGGACACCACAAUUUCAAUCGGGAUCUUGGGAAUAGCUUAUGCGAAUUCUGUCGCCAAUGUCUUCACCGGCACUGGCACGUCAUAUGCCAACCUUCCGCUGGCCAUGGUGGACGCAGGCCUCAUUAACUCCCCAGCAUACAGUCUCUGGCUCGACGACAUCAAGUCCUCUGCCGGCUCGAUACUCUUCGGUGGAAUCGACACCGCAAAAUACACGGGCCAGUUGCAGUCCAUUAAGGUCUAUCCUAGUUCUAAAUCCGGAAACGUCACCUCUUUCACUGUCGCCUUCACCUCGCUACACGCAACCUCCUCGAGCGGCACUGAUCUGCUUACCGCCAGCAACUACGCCCAGCCCGCCAUCCUCGACAGCGGGACAACUCUCACCCUCCUCCCCGACGACAUCGCCGCCCUCGUCUUCCAAGAGCUCGGUGCCAUCGACGACAAAGACAUCGAAGCUGUCGUCGUCCCCUGCGCCCUCGCCUCCAACUCCGGAUCCCUCAAAUUUGGAUUCGGCGGCGCCAGCGGUCCCGUCAUCAACGUCCCUGUCUCCGAGCUGGUCCUCCCCCUCACCCUCACCAGCGGCGGCAACCCGAAAUUCCAGAACGGCGCCGAUGCCUGUCAGCUCGGCAUCCAGGCCGCCGGCGACCAGCCAAUCCUUUUUGGAGAUACCUUCCUGCGCUCCGCUUACGUCGUGUACGACUUAGCGAACAACCAAGUCGGCCUUGCGCAGACGGACUUCAAUGCCACCGGCAGCAAUAUCGUCGAGUUUGCCAGCAUGGGCGCAGCGAUCCCGCAGGCUCCCACGGCAUCUGGGCAGGACCAGAUCGGUGUGUCGCAGACGAAGACGGGGAUUCCGAGAGGAGGAGAGGCGACGCAGACCGCGGUGAGCGGUGGCAUCGUCCAGGGUAAUGCGUCGCCUACGGGAGGACUCACUGCUGCGAGUGGGUUUGCUAAAAAUGAAAGUGCUGCUGAUAAAAAUGCUGGUGGACGGCUGGAGCCGUGGUGGUGGGGCGUGCUUCCAUUCCUGGGCGUGUGGAUGGGCAUCAUGAUGGUUGGUGGGGGCAUGAUCACCUUGGCGUGAGGAAAUGACCCGCUGUGGAUUGGGAUGUGGAUAACUACUUAACUAUACGGAGUACAAUGACGGGGAGGCAUUUUUGGGAUAUGGGAUUGUUGGGUAUGGAAAGCAUUAUGGUACUUCCGUCCAUAUAUGAUGGACUUGCCAUAUAUGAUGAAUUGGCGCUGAACAGAGAUGGGGUUCAGUGGGGGAGUUUCAGGGUGUAAACAGUGUGCGUUUAGGAUAUACAUAAAAUUCAUCAUACCUUACUUCCAG